CCUCGCUCGGCGGGCGCCGCCGGAGCCACCGCGGCUGGCGAGGCGGGGAGCGGCCGCCGGGGAGCCAAUCGGCCGUGGGGAGGGGCGGGACUUCCUGCGCGGGGGGCCCCAGCGGCUCGGUUGCCCGGCUCCGUGGUCCCCGGCUCGGCGGCGGCGGCGGCGGCGUCUCCUCCGUGGGGAGGCGCGCGGGGCCAUGACGUCAGCGUCCACCAAGGUCGGAGAGAUCUUCUCGGCGGCGGGCGCCGCCUUCACGAAGCUCGGGGAGCUGACGAUGCAGCUGCAUCCCGUGGCCGACUCUUCCCCCGCGGGUGCCAAGUGGACGGAGAUGGAGAUAGAGAUGCUGAGGGCUGCCGUGAAGCGGUUUGGGGACGAUCUUAAUCACAUCAGCUGUGUCAUCAAGGAACGGACAGUGGCCCAGAUAAAAGCCACCGUGAAACGCAAGGUAUACGAAGACUCUGGCAUCCCCCUUCCAGCUGAGUCGCCCAAGAAAGGACCCAAGAAGGUGCCUUCCGGUGUCUUGUCACCUCCUCCAGCUGCCCCUCCGCCAAGCAGCUCCAGUGUCCCUGAGGCCGGGGGUCCCCCCGUAAAGAAACAGAAGGCCGAUGUGACACUCAGUGCUCUGAAUGACUCGGAUGCCAACAGCGACCUGGUGGAUAUUGAAGGGCUGGGAGAAACUCCUCCAGCCAAGAAACUCAACUUCGACCAGGACAGCCUGACCCUGGAUUCUGGCCUUCUCAUGACCUCUGCUGACCCUCCUCUGCUCUCUCGCUGAGCCUCCCACCUCUGACCCCUCUCACCUCUGACCCCUCUCACUGUUCCCCCUGGACCUGUGGAUCGCCCGGGACUCUGAGCAAGCCUGCACGAGAGGGACGGUCACAAGGCUGCUGGGGCCCUACUGGCCACGCCGUUCCUGUAUGCGCAUCUGCCCCCGAAUCCCUCUGACCUCCACCUGAUGGACUUUUUUAUACAGAAAACAAUAAAGAUUGCCUUUUCCGCCUGG